AUGAGCGAUUUUUCCCUUCCCAAUACUGACUUUUCACCUCCUCAGGCCUCCAUCUCGAAAAACAUGCAAAACAAGGGCUACUCGCAAACUUUCAGCAGCACCGUGCUCCGCGAGCUAGAUAUGCGGGCCCAGCAGAUCCUGGGCCACUUGGACCCGCUGCCGGUCCACAAACACAGAGCCAGGGCCAAACGGUACCUGAAUGUGCACAAACCGAUGUUUCAGAAGAUGGAGCUGAUCUCGUGUCACUACGCUGCGUCGAGGCAGAUUCAGAGGACGUCGCCGGCGAAAGAGGCGGCCGCCGCCGUUUCAAGCGCUACAAAGAAGCGAAGAACCCUCAAUGGGCCCGAAGAGGUAUUUGGAGACUUGGAGAAGGAGAACGAGUCGCCAUUGAGAAGGAAAGGUGAAAGAAUUGACGAGACCGGCCCUGAGUCUGUUGUUCUUGGCCACAACAUGCCUCUGUUGGCGCCCCCCAGUGAUAUCCCCUCAAACGAGUCCAGUCGAGGGCCUUUUUCAGGCUCUCCAGAACUCAGACCAACAGAACUCAGUUCUCCAGAACGCACAGCCCAGAAGGAGAGUCCCUCUCGGUUUUCUCGUAUUUCGCCGUCAAAAGGACACAUGAAUUUGAACUCGUUGCUCCACGAGCAGCCCAAAGACACUCGUAUGGAUGUGGAAGAUGUGGACAAUUCAGAAGUGUUUGCCAAACCGCUUCCAAAACAGCGCCAGACGUCGUUGCAAAUGGCUGGCGUGACCGGCCCGAGACCUUUGCACAAGAAACCGUCGGUUCCAAGCUUACAGAAGAGGCCUUCUUCAUCAAAUCUACAAAGCAGGCCUUCUUCGUCGAGCCUUCACAAAAAACCGUCGGCUUCGAAUCUCAAACAGUCUUCAGCUCCACUGACACUUCACAAAAAACCCUCGGUUCCACGGCUCCAGAGCAAAUCGCUGAUUCCCAACCUCAGACAAUCUGACUCCCUGAUACCACCCAUGCUUCAGCACAAAUCGUCGCAUUCUUCGUUUCAGAAACCUAUGGCUCCACCUUCGAAACCGCCAGCUUCGAACUCUCUGCACCCUCAGAAACCUCAAGGUAGAAAUUUCACCAUUCCACAGCCUUUUUCCUUGUACGAUCGCCCCACAAUUCUGUCGUCGCAAAAGAGCCUCUCCCGCUCCCCGAGCCGGACCUCGCUCAACAGCAUGAGCUCGGAUGUGAGCCAGCGGUCUCUCAGCAAGUUCCAGAGAUUCAAGAGCAGGUUUUCUUGA